AUGAUGUACAAUCCGGUAGAUACAGGUAUCACUGUCUUGGCGGAAAGAUUUGGUAUUAGCAAUUUCAUUUUAAGGUAUGCUACAUGCUUGUUGGGAUCAUUUGUAUUCAAUCUUUUCCUGAGGAGAAUUCCUGACAAUAAGGUGAAUUUGAAAUGCUUCUUUAUUACAUCUGUUUCCAUGUUCUAUUUAUUUGGUGUCUUAAACCUUUAUCAAGGUUUCCAGACACUAUUUAUCAGUACGACUUUCACGUAUUUGAUUAGCAGAUUUUACAAGUCCAGAUUUAUGCCCUUUGUGAAUUUUGGAUUCGUCAUGGGUCAUUUGGCCUUAAACCAUUUUAGUGCACAAUUCUAUGACAGCGAAGGUCCAGAAGCUAUUGAUAUUACCGGGUCUCAAAUGGUCUUAGUAAUGAAAUUGACAGCAUUUGCUUGGUCAUAUUACGAUGGAUCUUAUUCAAAGGACCACAAGUUUGAAGAUUUGACGGAAUAUCAAAAAUUACGUGCGGUUAAGAAACAUCCAUCUUUCUUAAAAUUUAUGGCAUUUGCAUAUUUCUAUCCAACUCUGUUAACAGGACCAAGUUUUGAUUUCGCAGAUUUUGAUAGAUGGUUGGAUGGAUCUCUUUAUGACGAUUUACCACCAACAAAGAGGUUCAAAAAUGGGAAGAAACAAACUCCCAAGAACGAUUGUUUGGCAUUGUGGAAGGCAUUGCAAGGUUUAGGAUGGAUUGCAUUGAGCAUGGUGUCACCCAGCUACAUAACUACCAGCUAUAUGUUCAAGCCAGAAUUCGGUUCCAAAUCCUUUUUCUUCAAAAUCCACUACUUCUUUUUCUUGGGGCUUACUUAUCGAUUCAAAUACUAUGCUGCUUGGACUAUUGCAGAGGCCUCAUGUAUUCUGUGUGGAUUAGGUUACAAUGGAUACGAUUCGAAGACCCAAAAAACUAAAUGGAAUCGUGUUCAGAACAUCAGUAUUUGGGGUAUGGAAAUGGGCCAAAAUUGUCAUGAAACUUUAGAGGCUUGGAAUAUGAAUACAAACAAAUGGUUAAAAUACUACGUUUAUUUGAGGGUCGCUAGAAAAGGUAAGAAGCCAGGAUUUCGCUCUACCAUGUUUACAUUUUUAACUUCAGCAUUUUGGCAUGGUACUAGACCCGGUUACUAUUUGACUUUUGCUACUGGUGCUCUCUGUCAAACUUGUGGUAAAUUCUUUAGACGUCAUCUAAGACCUAUUUUCUUGGCCGAAGAUGGUAUUACGCCAGUCUCCUACAAAUGGAUUUAUGACGUUGUCUGCUUUUACGUUACCAAGAUUACAUUUGGUUACAUGGUGCAACCUUUCAUCGUACUUGGUUUCAAAGAAUCCAUAUAUGCUUGGGGAUCAGUCUAUUUCGUUUUACAUUUGGGGAUUGCCCUAACGUUCUUUUUGUUCAGAGGACCCUAUGCUAAAUCUGUUAUUGCAUUCUGUACUUCUAAGCAACCAAAGGAAGCUAAGAGGAGAAGUGUUGAAAACGAUAUAGCCAAAAAAUCAUCUUCUUUAGGUGAUAUACUUGCUGAUAAACAAGCUUUUGAAAAGGAGAACUCUAGUGAAAUGGAUAUUUCAAUGGGGAUCCCACCAGUGGAUAAGACUUACGUUGGAAACGCUAAGAAAGAAUGGGCAGAAUUUUUGCAAGACUAUAACGAUUGGAGAAAUGAAAAAGGUCUUGAAAUUGAAGAACAAAAUCUAUUGAAAGCUUUCCAAGAUUUUAAGGAAGAAAUCACCAUGCCAAAUAAUGCAAAGAAAAUGAGUUUUGAAAAUUAUUCGCCAAAAACCACUCUUUCUGGCGAUAAAAAGGAUUAG